GUCUAUGCGCUGCAGACAGACCAUGGCCCUGAGAGCAUGCGGCUUGAUCAUCUUCCAAAGAUGCCUCACUCCCAAGGUGGAUAACGGUGCGAUUGAGUUUCUUCUGCUGCAGGCAUCGGAUGGCAUUCAUCACUGGACUCCUCCCAAAGGCCAUGUGGAUCCAGGAGAGAAUGACCUGGAAACAGCCCUAAGAAAGACUCAAGAGGAAACAGGCCUAGGAGCAAGGCAGCUGACCAUCAUUGAGGGGUUCAGAAAGGAGCUCAAUUAUGUGGCCAGGGGGAAGCCCAAAACAGUCAUUUACUGGCUGGCGGAAGUGAAGGACUACAAUGCGGAGAUCUGCCUCUCCCAGGAACACCAAGCCUACCGCUGGCUGGGGCUGGAUGCGGCCUGCCACUUGGCCGAGUUCCAGGAGAUGAAGGCGGCCCUCUGGGAAGGACACCAGUUCCUCUGCUCCACAGCGACCUGAAGCCAACAGAGCAGAAGUCCUCUGCUUUGCUAGGGUCUUCUAUCCUCAGGCCCCCUGAAG